AUGUGUUCCAAUUUCCUUAUAAGCAUUGUGUGCUUUUCAGAUCCUCCGUAUCGGCUCUUCUUCAGGGUUAAAUUCUAUGUCAACGAUCCAGCAAAAUUGGUUGAGGAAUACACUCGUUAUCAUGUGUUCUUGCAACUCAGGAAGGACUUAAUCGAAGGAAGAUUAGCGUGUCCUGAAGGUACAGCUGCCCUCCUCGGCAGCUAUGCUGCCCAAUCCGAAUUCGGUGAUUAUAGUCCAGAGGAUCACGGCCCUGACUAUUUGAAUGGAUUUCAAAUUAUACCUGGUCAGAGUGAAAAUUUCAUCAAGAACGUUGCUGAGUUGCACAAACUGCACAAAGGCCAGAGCCCAGCUGAAGCCGAGUUCAACUUCUUAGAACACGUAAAAAAACUCGAACUUUACGGUGUGGAUCUUUAUCCUGCGAAGGAAUCUGGCGAUAAUGCGAUUGGUGUCGGGGUCAGUAGCUGCGGGGUUUUGGUAUUUCGAUCGGGACGUCGCGAGGCACUCUAUCCAUGGUCAUCGAUCAUGAAGUUGUCAUUCAAAAAGAAAUUAUUCAGUGUCUAUAUGCGCACCCUCAACGAAGAUAAUGUAGAAGAAGACACGGUAAUGUUAUUCAACAUACAAAGUCCUGAAAGCUGUAAGGCAUUAUGGAAGAGUUGCAUAGAACAUCACACUUUCUUCCGCCUCAUCGUACCGCCAGCCAUACCACCGAAGUCAAUUUUCUCGAUUGGAAGUCGCUUUCGAUAC